GUCUUGAAACACAAAAAGACUCAGCUUACUAAUCGAGUACAUCUUGUAACCGUUAUUGACUUGGGCCCUCAUAUCGUUAUAAACUGCGCUGGGUUCAUCAAGAUUGAUACGGGUAGUGUUGCUCGUGAUAUUGCUGCUGAUGAAGCUAAUGCUUCUGCUGUCCGGCAUCGCGGAAUGCCUGAUAUGUAUGAAGGAGAUAGUCCAUUGGACAGCGGAGAUUCAGACAUCGGAAACAAUGAUGAUAAUGGUGGGGAACACAGCGACGCUGAUGACUCUGGGACAGAUGAAGAGCGUGGUGCGCGUAGACGUGAGAAGCAAAAACGACGUCAAACUAAGCGCCAACAAAGAGGUCAAUCGAAGAGGGCUGCUGAGGUAGCUGCUGCUGGCUCCCGAUUAGAAUUACUCGAUUCAACGCGCGUCCAUCCGGAGAGCUACGAUCUCGCUAAGAAAAUGGCUGUGGAUGCACUUGAAUACGAAGACACAGAUGAAUGCGAUCCCAAUGCAGCUCUUGAAGAAAUCAUACAAAGCCCUGAGCGUCUUCGUGAACUUGACCUGGAUGCGUUUGCCGAUGAGUUAAAGCGUCAGGACCAUGGGGAUAAACAUAUCACGCUUUAUGAUAUUCGCAAAGAGCUCAAUCAUCGCUAUCGAGAUUUCCGUACAGUAUACCAACCACCUACACCUGAGGAAAUAUUUUCUAUGGUUACUCACGAGACACCCGACACUCUUUACGUGGGGCGAUUGCUUGAUGUUCAAGUAGUCGGCGUUGCUACUCGCCGUCCCAGACAGGAACAAUCUGAUGCGGCGAAUCCAACCAAAAAUGACCUUACUGGUUGCUGGAUGUGUCCCUUUUGCAAACAAGAUAACUUCCAACUUCUUAAUCAUGUAAGAUAUCAGCUCCUAUUCCAUUAUCCCCAAAGGCGAGUGGAAGGGAUUCGUAAAUUGAUUCCAUCGGAGGCUGUGGUUGUAGAUUUAGGCGAAAGGUUCUCGGCGAAUCGCCUCGCGAUCCCGAUGAAUCCUUGCUAUGCUUUGGUCCGUCAUGUGACGGACAUCAUCAGAUCAGGACAUGCUUAA